AGGCCAAGCUGCGGUGGUGUGACUCUUAAUACUGUACAGUUUUAGUUGAAGCUUUGAGAAGAGAAUGGAUGUGGUCAGUGUUGGUGGGAUUGUCACUGAUAUUUACAGUUUCUGUCCCACAUUCCCCAAGCCUGGAGAGAGUGUCUGCGCUCGUUACUGCACAAUGGGAUAUGGUGGCAAGGGGGCAAACCAAGCCGUCAUGGCAGCAAAGUUAGGGGCAAAGUCUGCUCUAAUUGGAAAGGUUGGGGAUGAUGUUUUUGGGAAAAUGCAUUUUGCUGGAUAUGAAGAGGCUGGUCUGAAUUCAGACUUUGUCUUCACAACGAGUGAAGCUGGGACAGCCCUGGCAUGUGUUAUGGUACGAGAUGAUGGUAUGAACUGCAUAUCUGUAGCUUAUCAGGCAACACUCCUGCUGAACAAAGACGAUAUUCAAAAAGCUGAAGACAUGAUCAAAUCUGCCAAAGUUGUCAGCUGCCAAUUAGAGACAACCCAUGCAACGACGCUUGCUGCUCUGAAAGUGGCAAAGAAACAUGGAGUGACAACUGUCCUCAACGCUGCACCUCCAAGUGCCGAACCUUUGUGCGAGGAGAUGUUCACUGUCUCUGAUAUCUUCUGUACGAACGAAACUGAGACUGAGACGUUUACAGGAUUGCCUGUUGCCACAGUGGACGAAGCCAAAAUGGCCACAAAAUUUCUCCUUGGGAAAGGAUGCAAAUCUGUGAUAGUGACCCUUGGUGAGGGAGGGUGUGUCUAUGCUAGUCUGGAGGAGAAAGAACCCAAACAUCUUCCAGCAAAGAAGGUCAAGGCCGUGAAUACUACUGGUGCUGGCGAUGCAUUCAUUGGUGCUCUGUGUUUCUACAUUGCUAAGUACAGCCACCUGAGCUUCGGGGAGAAGAUUCGGAGGUCGGUGGAGAUUGCAACGAUUAGUGUCCUGUCACAAGGGACCCAAACAAGUUACCCUCUUGCAAAGGACUUGCCCAAAGAACUUUUGGAAUAACUGUGGACAACUGGCAAUAGAUCUAGUCAUGGAAUUUCCCCAGAGUUUAUAAACUGGUACCGACUGUACUGAGCAGAACUAUAUUGGACCAGAUCACAGUUUCAUUCUUGAAAUGGUGCUGGAUGUUUUUGUGUUGUAAAAACUUCCAUGAAAUACAUUUUACAAUUAAACUGCUGUUGACAAA